UGACAGUGACUGAAGCAAGUGGAUGUGGCUGACACGUAAGCUGCUGUGACUGUUUAAUUAUUUGUUAAUUAAAAUGUUUGUUAUUAAAAUAAUUCGAUAAAAUAAAUAUUUAAAUUAUUUUAUUAAAUUAUUAAAUAAAUUAAAAUCUGAUAGAAAAUUGCUGCUGGGUUUAAAAAAUAAUAAAUUUAAAAAAAUGAGUAGCGUUGUAGAGCAAUCAUGUUAUACAUUGAUAAAUAUUCCAACGGAAUCGGAGCCGAUAAACGAGCUCUCGAUGAAGAUGGAUCUAGAAAAAGGUGACCUACCGGUUAAGAUAGAGGCACUAAAAAAGACAAUUUAUAUGAUUCUCAAUGGAGAACGUGUUCCUGGAUUAUUAAUGACGAUAAUAAGGUUUGUUUUGCCAUUACAAGAUCAUACAAUUAAAAAAAUGCUUCUUAUUUUUUGGGAAAUUGUACCAAAGACAUCACCAGAUGGAAAGUUGCUUCAAGAAAUGAUUUUGGUAUGUGAUGCAUACAGAAAAGAUUUACAGCAUCCAAAUGAAUUUGUUCGUGGAUCAACAUUGAGAUUUUUGUGUAAAUUGAAAGAACCAGAAUUAUUGGAGCCACUUAUGCCAGCAAUAAUCGCUUGUUUGGAGCAUCGUCACUCUUACGUUCGUCGUAAUGCUGUAUUAGCUAUUUUUACAAUUUAUCGUAAUUUUGAAUUUUUAAUUCCUGACGCGCCAGAACUUAUUGCCAAGUAUUUGGAAGGUGAACAAGACAUGUCAUGCCGUAGAAAUGCAUUUUUAAUGCUACUUCAUGCCGAUCAAAGCCGUGCAUUGGCAUAUCUAGCAGCUUGUCUUGAUUUGGUACCAACAUUUGGUGAUAUACUGCAAUUGGUUAUCGUCGAAUUAAUUUACAAAGUUUGUUUAGCAAAUCCAUCAGAGAGAGCACGAUUUAUACGUUGUAUUUACAGUUUAUUAAAUUCACCAAGUGCAGCAGUACGUUAUGAAGCUGCUGGUACUUUGGUUACACUGUCAAAUGCUCCAACGGCAAUAAAAGCUGCAGCUUCAUGUUACAUUGAGCUUGUUGUAAAAGAAAGUGACAAUAAUGUUAAAUUAAUUGUAUUGGAUCGUCUUAUUGCCAUGAAAGAAAGUCCAUCUCAUGAAAGAGUACUUCAAGAGCUUGUGAUGGACAUAUUACGAGUUUUAGGUUCACCAGCACUUGAAGUACGAACUAAAACUCUUGCUUUGGCUAUUGAUUUAGUAACAACACGUAUUAUUGAAGAAAUGGUACAAUUAUUAAAGAAAGAAGUUAUAAGAACUGCUGGUGGUGAACAUGAAGAUGCUGGAAAAUAUCGUCAGUUACUUGUUAAAACUCUCCAUACAUGUUCUAUUAAAUUUCCUGAUGUUGCUGGUACAGUUAUUCCUGUUCUUGUUGACUUUUUAGCUGAAAAUAAUGAAGCUGCUGCAACAGAUGUUCUUGAUUUUAUACGUGAAGCUAUACAGAGAUUUGAUAAUUUAAGGCCAUUAAUUAUUGAAAAAUUACUUCAAGUAUUUCCAGAUAUUCGUGCGGUUCGUGUUCAUCGGGGAGCUAUGUGGAUACUUGGUGAAUACGCAACUUCAAAGGAAGAUAUUGAAAGUCUUAUGAGUCGUAUAAGAGUUGCUUUGGGUGAAUUGCCGCUUGUUGAAGCUGAAAAUAAACGUCAAACUGGUGAAAAACCUAGUGAUGAUAAUAAUACUCAAGGUCAAUCACAACCAAGUCAAUUGGUAACUUCAGAUGGUACUUAUGCAACACAAAGUGCAUUUAGUUCAACUUCAACUGGUAAAAAAGAAGAAAAACGUCCGCCAUUGGUUCAAUAUAUGAUGGAAGGUGAUUUUUUUAUUGGAGCAUCUUUGGCAUCAACUCUUGCUAAAUUGUCAUUACGUUAUAAAGAACUUGAAAAUAAUUUACAAAAAUCUAAUCGUAUGCAAGCUGAAGCAAUGCUGAUAAUGUCAAGUUUACUUCAAUUAGGACGUUCUGGUUUACCAUCAAAACCAAUAACUCACGAUGACGCUGAAAGAAUUUCCGUUUGUCUUAGAGCACUUGCUUGUCCUACCCCACUUACACAAUCUGUUUUCACAGAGGGCUGUCGUGAAGCACUUGGACGUAUGCUAACUGCUAAAGCUGAAGAAGACUCACAGACCCAAAAAGCUAAAGAAAAACCCAGUAAUAUUGUCCAAGUUGAUGAUGCAAUACAAUUUUUACAAUUAAAUCGUAACAGUGAUUUGACUGGUGGACAUGGUGAUGUAUUUGAACAAAGUCUCAGUGCAGCUGUUGCUGGACGACCUGGAACAACUGGAGAUACACCAACUCCUACCAGUGCAUUGAGUAAAGUAACCCAACUUACUGGUUUCUCAGAUCCUGUUUAUGCAGAAGCACUUGUUCAUGUUAAUCAAUAUGAUAUUGUACUUGAUGUUUUGAUUGUUAAUCAAACAGAAGAUACUUUACAAAAUUGUACAUUGGAAUUAGCGACAAUGGGUGAUUUGAAAUUAGUAGAAAGACCACAGCCAAUUGUAUUAGCGCCUCGUGACUUUGCAAGUAUAAAGGCUAAUGUUAAAGUUGCAUCAACUGAAAAUGGUAUAAUAUUUGGUAACAUUGUUUAUGAUGUGUCGGGUGCUGGCUCUGAUCGAAGUGUUGUUGUUCUUAAUGAUAUUCAUAUUGAUAUAAUGGAUUAUAUUGUACCAGCUACGUGCACAGAUACUGAAUUCCGUCAGAUGUGGGCUGAAUUUGAAUGGGAAAAUAAAGUUUCAGUUAAUACCACGCUUGCUGAUCUUCGUGAAUAUCUUGCGCAUCUAUUAAAGUCUACAAAUAUGCGUUGUCUUACUCCAGAAAAGGCAUUAUCGGGACAGUGCGGAUUUAUGGCUGCAAAUAUGUACGCAAAAUCAAUAUUUGGAGAAGACGCGCUGGCUAAUUUAUCACUUGAAAAACCCCUAUAUAAACCAGAUGCACCUGUUGUUGGGCAUAUUCGUAUUCGUGCUAAAAGCCAAGGAAUGGCGCUAUCACUUGGUGAUAAAAUUAAUUUUGCACAAAAAGUUAUACAAACUAAAGUCAUUCAAGCUGCUUAA